GGAACCCAUUGAAGUCAAGACACUCACCCUGUCUCGUCAAAGGCAUGAUGGAAGAACACACAAUUACAGUCCUACUGCUAGGGGAUGAGAGAUGUGGGAAAUCGACUUUUCUCUCACGAAUAAGCCAGGGCCGCCAGAACCUUCAAGGGAAAGCUCCCAUCACCCUCCUCAGAGAUAUCGACCAGCCGUUCAUUUUUGAGAUCCGUUCCCGCAAAGGCCAGUAUCGCUUCGAGUUUUACGAUACCAGCAGCCCCGAGAGCUGGAGACUCCUCCGGCCGGACCUCGUCAUCGUCUGCUAUGACAUAAGCCAGCGGCUCAGCCUCAUCAACCUCCAGCGGGUGUGGAUAAAAGAAGUCCGGUCGGUAUUCCCGUCAAGCGACGUCCUCCCAGUGCUGGUGCUCGGCCUCAAGCGGGACCUGCGAUCCGAGGACGACCCGAACGGCAUCAUCUACCCGCAGGAGGGAUACCAGGCGGCGCAGGCAAUGCGUGUUGACAAAUACAUCGAGUGCUCGGCGGUGACGGGGGAAUUGAUGACCGAGGCCUUUGACGACAUUUGCAGCACCGCCGUCCAGACCACAACCGCAGACGGAGGGCAGAGCGAGGGCGGCUGCAUAAUUAUGUAAGCGGAUGUGACAACGGGACCGCUGACUGGGGGACGGGGUGGCGACUGCAUGCAUGUGCCUCGUUCGGUCGCUCAGUAGCCGUUCUCGACCGUUGGCACAGCAUCGGCGUCCAUUUCGUCGGCCUCUUCACC